AAGUACAAAUGUCUGCAUCAACAGGUAAAAAUAUUUCAUAUUAAUCGAUAUUAAACGUUUUAUAAAAAAAGAGAACAUUUAUAAAAGAUAAAAAUAUUAUUCAUAUAUUAUUCAUAAAAACUGUACAUUAUUGAUCGCAUAAGAUUUUUCUGAGUAAAUAAAUUUUUGACAUAAGUGUCGAUCAUAUGACUUUCCACAAAUUCAUUUUAUUUCUUUUUUGUUCUAAACGUAUAGUGGCUUGUGAAACUAAUAAUAAUUUUUACAGUUUGUUAUACAUUCUGUAUAAUCUAAAUCGAAACGAAACCUGUGUGAAUCUAUAUUGUACACUGUUUAUUGUUCUGAUUGAAACAAAAUCCAUAAAACGAUUAAAAUUUAUUACGAUUCGUAGCAUUCCAAAAUUGUAAGUAAUGUAUAUAUAAUAUAUAAUAAUGAAACAAACUAUCUACAGAUAUUGAUUGAUUAUAUGUUUAUAUUAGAUAAUGUACUUUAAUACAUUGACAUAAUAUACAUAUAAUAUAAAUAUUUUGUGUAUAUGCAUAUAAAUAUAUUGUAUAUAUGCAUAAAAAUUAAUACAUACAUGAAAAUUUCCAGGUGAUAGAAACAGCCUAAAAAAUGGCACAGAAGCUCUAAAGGAAGAAUUUGAUCCUACUGGUUAGAAUCUCUGUUCUUAUGAAGAAAUUAUUUCAAAUUCAACUUCUAUGUAUCAUCUAUUAGAUCAAUAUUUUAUAGAACAUCAACAUAUUCGAUAUAAUCCCUUGAAGGGAGAAUGGGUACUAGUAUCACCACAUCGAAUGAAACGACCAUGGGGAGGACAAAUCGAAACAGACAUAGAAGAAAAUCUCCCAGAUUAUGACCCAGAUAAUCCACUUUGUCCAGGCAAUAUCAGAGCUAGUGGACAAAUAACUCCAAUAUAUGAAAAUACAUAUUCAUUUGUCAAUGAUUUUCCUGCAUUAUUGGAAUCAGUUCCUAGUCCAUCAAAAUCAGAAGAUGAAUUAUUUCAAAUGGAUGCUGCCAGAGGUACUUGUAAAGUGAUGUGUUUCCAUCCAAAAUCAAAUGUAACUAUAGCACUUAUGAAAAUUUCUGAAAUUAAAGAAGUGGUUAAACGUUGGAUUUUCGAAAUGCUCGAGUUGGGAGAAAAAUGGACUUGGGUACAAAUUUUUGAAAACCGUGGUGCCGUAAUGGGUUGUAGCAAUUCACAUCCUCAUUGUCAAAUUUGGGCUAGUUCUUUCUUACCAAAUGAAGCUAAAAUAAAAGAUAAAUAUCUCAGCGAUUAUUAUAAUCGUAACAAAAAGCCGCUUCUUAUAGAUUAUGUACAGAAAGAGCUUUUCAAAAAGGAGCGCAUUGUAUUGGAAAAUCGAGAUUGGGUAGUUUUAGUACCAUUCUGGGCAGUAUGGCCAUAUGAAACUAUGGUACUGCCUAAGAAACAAAUAUCUAGGAUGCAAGAUUUAUCAGAAAGUCAACAAGAAUCAUUAGCAGCUACUAUGAAAAUAUUGUGUACCAAAUAUGAUAACUUGUUUCAUUGCUCUUUUCCUUAUUCUAUGGGUUGGCAUGGAGCGCCAACUGGACCAUAUGUAAAGCAAGAUUAUCCUUAUUGGACUUUCCAUGGAAUUUACUUACCGCCAUUAUUACGUUCAGCGACUGUAAAGAAACAUAUGGUUGGUUAUGAACUUCUUGCACAAGCACAAAGAGACUUAACACCAGAACAAGCAGCAGAAAAAUUAAGAAAUUUAUCAGAUUCCCAUUACAAGCAUCCAGAAACCAGUUUAACUAGUUGUGAAAUAGAAAAAUAUUCUAAAUGA